UUUCAGCCGGCUGCAGCUAAUGAGCCUUUGUGUGGCCAAAGAGAGAGAGAGAGGGAGAGAAAGAGAGGAACACAGUGACAGACAGCGAGUUAAAGUGAGAAAGACUGCCGUCUUGCAACAAUAAAGCAUAUGGUACCGACAGUGCAGUCAGAGCUGGAAAAUUACAAGUCUCUCUCCCACUCCUGCACCCUUUUUUCUCAUGCCCGUGGAGCUCAGGGGUCGGUGCAAGUCAGUGGACUGAAACAAAAUGGGAACCUCUUCACUCAUCAUGUUUCACCUUUUUUGAAUAGCCACAUUUAUGGUUGUGUGGCUGUGCUGCUGUGAGAAGAGGUGAAAGGAGUCACAGUCUGCCAGUGGAUACAGGUGCAGAUGCGGCGGGCCAUGAGUGGAAUACUGAAGAGGAAAUUUGAGGAGGUGGAAGCCUCCUCCUCCCCGUGCUCUUCCUUGCGGGAGUCUGAUGAUGAGGUCUCCUGCAGUGAGAGUGGGGAUAGCAGUGACAGUGUCAACCCCUCUGCCUCGGGCCCUUUCACCCCUGACUCGAUACUGAAGAGAGAGAAGCGCCUGCGGACGAGGAGAGUGCAUUUCGAGAAUGUGACAGUGUACUACUUCAGCCGGCGGCAGGGCUUCACCAGCGUGCCCAGCCAGGGAGGCAGCACGCUGGGCAUGUCCAACAGGCACAGCUGGAUCAGGCAGUACUCCCUGGGCGAAUUUGCUGUGGAGCAGGAGAGGAUCCACAGAGACAUGCUCAGAGAUCACCUGAAGGAGGAGAAACUGAAUUCAAUCAAACUCAAGCUGACUAAGAAUGGCACAGUGGAGUCUGAAGAGGCCAACACGCUCACGGCAGAGGACAUCUCUGACGAUGACAUCGAUCUGGAUAACACAGAGGUAGACGAGUACUUCUUCCUGCAGCCUCUCACCACUAAAAAGCGCCGGGCACUGCUGCGCUCCUCGGGGGUAAAGAAGAUUGACGUGGAAGAGAAACAUGAACUGCGGGCGAUCCGAAUGUCCAGAGAGGACUGCGGCUGUGAUUGCAGAGUCUUCUGCGACCCAGAGACCUGUGCCUGCAGCAUCGCAGGGAUCAAGUGCCAGGUGGACCGUAUGUCAUUUCCAUGUGGCUGCACAAAAGAGGGCUGCAGCAACUCAACCGGGAGAGUGGAAUUUAAUCCCAUUCGUGUUCGGACCCAUUUCUUGCACACCAUAAUGAAGCUGGAGCUGGAGAAGAGCCGCGAGCAGCAGCAGGCGUCCCCCACCAACGGUUACCAUAGCGAAACUAACGACCUGGGAGGCGGAAACCCUCUGGUUCAGUCCCAGCACAGGUUGGAGUACUCCCUGUCAGACGCCGUUCCACAGGCGGCCGGCAUGCACCUGCAGGCUGCCGACGAGAUGGAGGAGCCGCUGGAUGACGAAGACGAGGAGGAAGACGACGAAGACGAGGAAGACGAGGAGGAGGAGGAAGAGGAGAACGAAGAGGACGAUGAGGACGAGGAGGACAGCAGCAGUGUUUGCAGCGGACUGUCUGACUCCAGCACCCAGAGCUUAGCCAACAGUGACUCUGAGGACGAGGAGGAGGAUGAUGAGGAUGAGGAGAAGUCUGAGAACUUUCAGAGCGACAUGACGACCCCGUCUGUGUCUCACAGCGAGGUGGUCCCCUUGUCCUCUGUGCUGUGUUACAGCGACGGCUCAGUGGCACAUGAAAACCACAUGAAUGGAAACACUUAUUUGAUGAACUCCUCUUCAGCUGAGUACUAUCAGCUGGGGAGCUCCAGUGCUGUCUCUAAUGGCCAAACCAGCCGACCCAGUGAACCCUACGGGGAAGCCUUAGCAUUCCAAGAUCCGGUCAGCGCUACCAAUGGCAGCGCGGCCCAAGGGCCAUUCAACAUGUCUGCAGAGCAGUACACAGACUACUCUAAUCAGGCCGAGGAACAAUACACAGCCAGUCACCAUUUCACCCUGACCAACGGUGCUCCUGCCGCCCCCUUGACCUGCUACACACCUGAUCAGGAGAAGAAGGUGCUGUCCAAAGCAGCGUUCGUGGAGCAGCCUGACAACCAGAGCCAGACGCCAUUUCAAAAAUACCUGAACAAUAACACCCAGGGCUCUUACAGCAGCUCAUGUAUGACAGCUGAGCAGCCGCAGCAAGAGUCCGGCGUUAACGGCCACUCUGACCUGACCUUACUAGGAACCAACACUAAGAACCUCCCUUUACCAGACCAUUGCCCUGAGGUCACAGCCAUUUAGUGGGCCUCACCUUUCCAAGUGUUCUUUCAUUAUUGCAUCUUUACUUGACCAAGUGGUAUUUUAAGGGAACAUAAUCAUGGCCUUUUUUUUUUUGCAUUAUCUGACCUUAAAUUUCAAAGCAAUCUCCAGCACCGUAGUACAUUUUCAUCUGUAACUAUAAAGCCAUAGGGUCGUGGUGGCAAUGUUUUUGAGGAAUGAUUCGCUCCUGAGGGUUUCUCCGCUACAGUGCGUGCUUUACUGCAAGACGGAACAGAUCAAGGAGCAUUUUAAAAACAUCACUUAUGUCAUGCCGUGCAAUGUAUCUUGUAAUUUCAGAUGUAAAGUUCUAGUUUUAAGCAGAUAUUGUACUGUAGAUGGAACUUUUCUAUGUCUACUGUAUGUGUCAAAUGUGCGCAAAACAACAAAAAAAUAAUGUCAGUUUAUUUAUUGUUUCUGAAUUAUGUGUAAACUUAUAUAUUGUAAAUGUUUUGAUAACAAUACGCAUGCUGUUUUGGGAAAACUCAGUGACAUUUAGGGGAAAAAAUGCCAUUGUUUUAUAUAAAAAUGUGUUGUGUACAUAA